UAUCUCUCACUCAUUCUCUGUGCUGUGGGUGUGAAUUGAAGAACCAGAGCUUUCACCAAUGGCGUAUCUGGUUUCUUCACCAUUCACAACCAUACCCACUUCGAAAUUAGAACAUCUCUCUUCUUUCUCUCAAAAGCAUUUCUUUCUUCACUCAUUCCUACCCAAGAAACUCAACCCAAGCAGUAGAAGAACUGGAUUUGGAGUGAGAUGUGCUGCAAUUGGUAAUGGGUUGUUUACCCAAACCACACAAGAGGUACGUAGAAUUCUUCCUGAAAAUAAACUAGGGUUACCCAGAGUUAAAAUUGUCUAUGUAGUUCUUGAAGCUCAAUACCAAUCUUCCGUCUCGGAAGCUGUGAGGAAUCUCAACAACAAUGAGAGGUACGCUUCCUUUGAAGUAGUUGGUUACUUGGUUGAAGAGCUACGGGACAAAUCCACUUACCAAGCAUUCUGUAAAGAUCUUGAAGAUGCUAACAUCUUUAUUGGUUCUCUUAUAUUCGUGGAAGAGCUUGCGCAGAAGGUUAAGACAGCAGUUGAGAAGGAGAGAGAUAGACUUGAUGCAGUGCUGGUAUUCCCUUCAAUGCCUGAAGUAAUGCGACUAAACAAGUUGGGUUCUUUUAGUAUGUCGCAGCUUGGGCAAUCGAAGAGCCCCUUUUUCCAGCUCUUCAAGAGGAAGAAGCAAUCUGCAGGAUUUGCAGAAAGUAUGUUGAAACUAGUGAGGACUUUGCCUAAGGUUCUUAAGUACUUACCGAGUGAUAAGGCUCAAGAUGCUCGGCUGUAUAUACUUAGUUUGCAAUUCUGGCUUGGUGGGUCACCUGAAAAUUUGCAGAAUUUCUUGAAAAUGAUAUCUGGUUCCUAUGUACCAGCACUGAAAGGGACUAAGAUUGAGUAUUCGGAUCCGGUUUUGUUCUUGGAUACUGGAAUAUGGCACCCUUUGGCCCCUUGUAUGUAUGAUGAUGUGAAGGAGUUUUUGAAUUGGUAUGGGACUAGAAGGGAUGCCAAUGCAAAGUUGAAGGACCCGAAUGCUCCUGUAAUUGGGCUGAUUUUGCAGAGGUCUCAUAUUGUUACUGGGGAUGAGAGCCACUAUGUUGCUGUCAUCAUGGAGCUUGAGGCAAGUGGAGCUAAGGUGAUUCCAAUUUUUUCUGGUGGACUUGAUUUCUCAGGCCCAGUGGAGAGGUUCUUGAUUGAUCCAAUCAGUAAGAAGCCGUUUGUACAUUCAGUCGUGUCAUUGACGGGUUUCGCUCUUGUUGGAGGGCCAGCUAGGCAGGAUCAUCCCAGGGCUGUUGAGGCAUUAAUGAAGCUCGAUGUGCCAUACAUUGUCGCCCUGCCUUUGGUGUUCCAGACAACAGAGGAGUGGCUAAACAGUACCUUGGGACUGCACCCAAUUCAGGUGGCUUUGCAGGUUGCUCUUCCCGAGCUGGAUGGUGGGAUGGAGCCCAUUGUUUUUGCUGGCCGUGAUCCUAGAACUGGGAAGUCACAUGCUCUACAUAAGAGGGUGGAGCAGCUCUGCACAAGGGCAAUCAGAUGGGCUGAACUGAAAAGGAAAUCCAAGGCAGAGAAAAAGCUUGCUAUUACUGUGUUCAGCUUCCCUCCAGACAAGGGCAAUGUUGGAACUGCUGCCUAUCUCAAUGUAUUUUCAUCCAUCUACUCUGUCUUGAAGGAACUUCAAAGGGAUGGAUACAGUGUUGAGGGCUUGCCUGAGAAAGCCGAAGAUCUGAUGGAAGAUGUUAUUCAUGAUAAGGAAGCACAAUUCAGCAGUCCAAACCUCAACGUUGCAUACAAGAUGGGUGUUAGGGAGUACCAGAGUCUCACUCCAUAUGCCACUGCAUUGGAAGAGAACUGGGGCAAACCACCAGGAAAUCUGAAUUCUGAUGGUGAGAGUCUUUUGGUCUAUGGAAAACAGUACGGUAACGUGUUCAUUGGGGUGCAACCUACGUUUGGCUAUGAAGGUGACCCAAUGAGACUUCUGUUCUCCAAAUCAGCCAGUCCACACCAUGGAUUCGCUGCAUACUACUCCUUUGUUGAGAAGAUCUUCAAGGCUGAUGCUGUUCUCCACUUUGGCACUCAUGGUUCACUUGAGUUCAUGCCUGGGAAACAGGUUGGGAUGAGUGAUGUCUGCUAUCCUGACAGUCUUAUUGGUAAUAUCCCUAAUGUCUACUACUAUGCUGCAAACAACCCUUCUGAAGCUACCAUAGCCAAGCGCCGCAGCUAUGCCAACACCAUUAGCUAUCUGACACCUCCUGCAGAGAAUGCUGGACUUUAUAAGGGCCUCAAACAGCUCAGUGAGCUAAUCUCAUCUUACCAGUCACUAAAAGACAGCGGUCGUGGGCCUCAAAUUGUGAGCUCCAUCAUCAGCACUUCCAAGCAAUGCAACCUUGACAAGGACGUCGACCUUCCUGAAGAAGGGGAGGAACUUUCAGCCAAAGAGCGAGACCUUGUGGUUGGGAAGGUCUACUCCAAGAUCAUGGAGAUAGAGUCCCGGCUCUUGCCUUGUGGUCUCCAUGUCAUUGGUGAGCCGCCGUCAGCCAUGGAAGCAGUUGCAACACUUGUCAACAUAGCUGCACUGGACCGCCCUGAAGAGGGGAUAUCCUCUCUCCCAUCAAUAUUAGCUGAGACAGUAGGAAGGAAGAUUGAGGAUAUCUAUCGAGGAAGUGACAAGGGUAUCUUGAAGGAUGUGGAACUGCUACGCCAAAUUACAGAGGCAUCACGUGGAUCAAUAACAGCCUUUGUGGAUAGAACCACGAAUAAAAAGGGCCAAGUUGUUGAUGUGGCUGAUAAGUUGAGUUCUAUCCUUGGAUUUGGGUUGAGUGAGCCAUGGGUGCAGUACUUAUCAAACACAAAAUUUUACAGGGCUGACCGUGAGAAGCUCAGGAUCUUGUUUGAGUUCUUGGGUGACUGUUUGAAGUUAGUUGUUGCUGAUAAUGAAUUAGGGAGCUUAAAGCAAGCUUUGGAGGGUAGUUUUGUGGAACCAGGGCCUGGUGGAGACCCAAUUAGGAACCCGAAGGUUUUGCCAACGGGAAAGAACAUUCAUGCACUAGACCCACAGGCUAUUCCAACAACAGCAGCCAUGCAAAGUGCAAAGGUGGUGGUGGAUAGGUUGCUCGAGAGACAGAAGGCAGAAAAUGGGGGACAAUAUCCUGAAACGGUUGCACUUGUGUUGUGGGGCACAGAUAACAUCAAGACCUAUGGAGAGUCAUUAGCUCAAGUUUUAUGGAUGAUUGGGGUGAGCCCAAUUGCAGAUACCUUUGGCCGUGUAAACCGGGUGGAGCCAGUCACCCUUGAAGAACUUGGACGGCCUAGAAUUGAUGUUGUCGUCAAUUGCUCGGGAGUCUUCAGAGAUCUGUUCAUCAAUCAGAUGAACCUCUUGGACCGUGCUGUAAAAAUGGUGGCAGAGCUAGAUGAGCCAGAGGACCAAAACUAUGUCAAGAAGCAUGCAUUUGAACAAGCCCAAACCCUUGGCAUUGGUGUACGUGAAGCUGCAACUCGUGUAUUCUCCAAUGCAUCAGGCUCCUACUCCUCCAAUAUCAACCUUGCUGUUGAGAAUUCAUCAUGGAAUGAUGAGAAACAACUUCAGGACAUGUAUUUGAGCCGCAAAUCAUUUGCCUUUGAUUCUGAUGCCCCUGGUGCAGGCAUGACCGAGAAACGCAAGGUGUUUGAGAUGGCACUCAGCACUGCUGAUGCUACAUUCCAGAAUCUUGAUUCAUCUGAAAUCUCACUCACUGAUGUCAGCCAUUACUUUGAUUCAGACCCAACCAAUCUUGUACAAAACCUCAGAAAGGAUGGUAAGAAGCCCAAAGCAUACAUUGCUGACACUACCACAGCUAAUGCCCAAGUGCGAACACUGUCAGAGACUGUUCGACUUGAUGCUCGCACCAAACUGCUCAACCCCAAGUGGUAUGAAGGUAUGAUGUCUAGUGGGUAUGAGGGAGUACGUGAAAUUGAGAAGAGACUCACAAACACGGUUGGCUGGAGUGCUACCUCAGGCCAAGUUGACAACUGGGUUUAUGAAGAAGCAAACUCAACUUUCAUUCAAGAUGAGGAUAUGCUUAACAGAUUGAUGAAAACUAAUCCAAACUCAUUCAGGAAGUUGGUGCAGACUUUCUUAGAAGCUAAUGGACGUGGGUAUUGGGAGACAUCUGAGGAUAACAUUGAGAAGUUAAGGCAGUUGUACUCUGAAGUUGAAGACAAGAUUGAAGGGAUUGACCGGUGAAGUAUUGAAGUCUGUAAAAUGUUUUGAACAUUUAAAAUUUGAUAGUAGUCUGCUUGGAUCAUAUCUAUCUCUCUCUAUCGCUCAGUCUAGGGAGGGAGAUCGAUAAACUGUAGUGUCGAAGCGCAUUGUAAUGUGAGUUUGUGUCUUAAGUCUUCCACUGUAAGUCUGUAAUGUGAUUCUCUUUUUUUCCUCUUCUCAAA